UGGAGGCGCGGUCACGCUCACAGCGGCUCCGGUGGUUUUGACUGUCACAUAAAAGUGCGCGUCCCACCGGCAGACUGCCGGAACUCUGUCUCUGCUCCCUGAGAGACCGGAUCGGACCGGACCGACACCUGGGGGACCGGGAUCAGCGCUCUUGGCACAACAAUAACAGCCGCACAGCUUGAAGGCGCCGGCAGGGGAUCAGGAAACACACGACAUCAGCGGCAUCUACAAAGAAAGCCAUCCUCGGUAGCCUCCACCUUACUGUGGCCUGCCUUGCGUGGGAUGCUGCCGCAGAGUGGGAGUUGAUGCCAUCAGUAAGAGGUGUUGCAUAGUAGUCAGAUCAUGGGGGAUUCAAUAUUCAACUGCUGUUAUGUCCCACCCCACCCCCCAGGAGAGGGGGAACCCGCCGGGUCCAGACGCGCACACAUCAUGGCCUCCAACUCAACGAGCAUCCCCUCCGACAAGCGCUUCCUCAUCUUCUUUGACUUUGAUGAGACCAUCGUGGAUGAAACCAGCGACGACAUGGUGGUGCAGGCCGCCCCGGGUCAGCACCUCCCGGACUGGCUGAAGGACACCUACCAGCCCGGCCGCUACAACGAGUACAUGCAGCGCGUCUUGGGCUACCUGGCGGAGCAGGGCGUCACCGAGAGCGACAUCCGGAGCAUUAUGGAGAAGAUCCCGGCCACGCCCGGCAUGCCCACCCUCUUCCAGUACAUCCGCACCCGGCCUCUCACGGACUUUGAGGUGGUGCUGCUGUCCGACGCCAACACCUUCUUCAUCGAGUCCUGGCUGCGGCGCGCAGGGGCCCGCCAGCUCUUCCACCGGAUCUUCACCAACCCGGCCACCUUCAACAAAGACGGCCGGCUGGUGCUGCGGCCCUUCCACUCCCACGACUGCGCGCGGUGUCCCAGCAACAUGUGCAAGCAGGUGGUAGUCAGGGACUAUGUGGCGCGCAGGACGCAGGAGCGGGGCCGCCCGUACCAGAGGAUCUUCUACGUGGGGGACGGGGCCAACGACUUCUGCCCGGCGCUCGCCCUCGGGCCCCGCGACGUGGCAUUCCCGCGGCGGGACUUCCCCAUGCACCGGCUGAUCACGGAGACCCACGAGGCCAUGCCUGGGGAGUUCAAGGCGGUCACGGUGCCGUGGAAAAGUGGGGAUGAUGUGGUGCAGAGGCUGAGGAAGCUGGUGGCAGAGUAGAGGGUCACACACAGAGACAGAGGGGACACAGUCAAGGGGCCAGCUGACACUUGUAGGCAUAUUCUCAGGUAUAACACAAAGUGUUGAAGGCAAUAAAAUACAGUCAGUAAAAUAAAGUGUCUGCCUGGCGUCCUGCCUGCAAGUGCCUUAGUCCAGCCUCGUGUUUUGGUCCGGAGGUCAGAACAGAGGCAGUUUAUCAUCAGCGGGUUAAUGAUUAUGGAGACCUGCCACCUUCACCUAAAGACAGGGGAUCAAUGACACAGCAGUUUUUUUUGUUAUAACGAAUUAUGUUGAUGGGUAGAAUAAAGGUUGAGGGGAUCUGCAUUGUAAGCUCAGUGGGACGUGGUGCUUAUAUAGGCCUGUGUGUUAAACUGGGGAGCACCCUUAUAGCAAUAUUUAAAAAUGUUAUCAUCCAAGUGACUUCCUUAUUAUCAUUUCUGAAUAUGAAAUAUUAAAUUAUAAUCUCAAUAAAUGGAAUCUGAGUAACACUGCCAUCUGAUGGGCAUUAUAACAGAAUAUUUUUGUCAACAUGCUUCUCAGAGGAUAUAUGUCUAAUGUAGAAAUGUAUGACUAUGUUGUAGCCAAAGAGUGUUGAACUUGUUUAUCAGUGUGUUGUGUCUUUCCUGUGUAGGCCAGGCCUACUGAAGAAUAAUGAACACCAGCAGGAAUAAAGCCAUCAACUGAAA